AUGGCUGAACGCAUAGCGCCUGCAGUCACGGACACUCUCAAAGACCUGCUUGGCGACGGUCGCUACGCAGAUCUGACAGUCACCUGCGGGCAACGGAAGUGGCGCGUCCACAAGAAUAUCGUCUGCACUCGAUGCACAUUUUUCGAAAAGGCUGUCGAUGGUCGGUUCGCGGAGUCGAAGACCGACACCGUCGAUCUCAAAGACAACCACCCGAACGCAGUCGCAGCCAUGAUCAGAUAUCUUUACACGGACGACCUCGAUGACUCCAUCCACGCUACCGAUGAUGACGGAGAAUGGAAGCAAUUGGCGAUGACAGUGCAAGUGCACAAAAUUGGAGACCAGUUUGGUCUCAAGAGAUUGGCAGACUUGGCCACGGCCAAGUUCGAAGCCUGCUUGAAAGGCCACGCACACAAUGCGCCAGGUUUUCUGGAGACCAUCGAAAUGGCAUUUGCAGACAAAACGGAUCUCAUGGCACCGUUUCGUGCCCGCCUCAUCGCAUGCGUGAUGGAACACGGCAAGGAACUUUUCUCCAACGGCGAGUUCCAGGACUUCGCUGCAACGGUGCCACCGUUCGCGGCCGCUCUCUUGAAGGAAAAAUUCCGAAUCGAUGAUGAAGAGCAGGAACAGAAGCAAGUCACGGAUGCGUGGCAGCAUCUGGUCUACGACUGCCCAACGUACGGCUGUGGCAUGGAGUUUGCAUUAAAAUGGCCGCCGUUUACAGCGGGUCAAUACAAAUGUCCGGGAUGUGGUGUCGACAGAACGGCAGGAAGCUGGUCGCAGUUCUAUCGGAGACCUGUCCGCUCUUGA